AUGUCGAUAAGUGAAAGAUCAUUUAGCAAUGGUGCAACAAAAAUCUGCCAUUACAGCUUAGAUCUGAAUAAAUUAAAAAACUGUAUAGUCAAUUAUGAGAAUUCCCUAAAUCCAAGCCAAAAGAAUGAAGAGCAAAGGAAAGCAUGAAAAAUCCAAGCUCCUCUGGGAGCAAAGAAAGGUCAAAGUCUAAAAGUGCAGCGGGAAUUAUACUUCACCCAUCAGAAGGGGGCAGCUGAUUAA